AUGGCAGUUCUGAUUGUGGGACGUGUGCUACAAGGAUUGGGCGGCGGCGGACUUGACGUUCUGAGUGAGGUCAUUGUCGCCGAUAUCACUACUCUGCAAGAGAGGGCUGUCUAUAUGGGGUUACUAUCCCUUCCAAUGGCUACAGGAUGCAUCGCGGGUCCCCUUCUCGGUGCAGUCUUCAGUGAACCCAUUGACCAGUCCCUUCGCUCCCAGCUUGGCCGUAUAGACUGGCUCGGGAUGCUCCUUUUCACGGGCGGUUGUGUUCUUUUUGCCCUACCACUUAGCUGGGCAGGGAAUAUGUAUCCGUGGGGUUCGUGGCGAACAAUAGUUCCAUUGAUCAUCGGUGUUUUGAUUUUAGUGGGAUUUGCAUUUUAUGAGGGGUAUCAGACAGACGCUGUGUUCCCCUACCGUAUCUUCAGCUCGAAAACAGCACGAAUGACGCUGCUUGGAAGUUUCAUCCAUGGCUUCGUGCUUUAUACUCUUCUGCAAUAUCUUCCUCUGUUUUUCCAAGCAGUCUAUCUCGAGACACCGCUUAAAUCCUCCAUCUCGAUACUACCAUUCUGCUGUGUAGUCUUUAUUUUCACCGGAAUUGCUGCCUUCGCCGUUGACUUUUUCCGGAAAUACAUGUGGAAAAUCUGGACUGGCUGGGUAUUUCUUGCUAUUGGUUGUGGUAUUUUCGCAGUGUGGGACCAAUCCUCGUCACAAGCCAUGACUGCUAACUUCCAGGUGAUUGCAGGGAUAGGCAUUGGCACGAUAUUCAGCGUACCUCCAAUCCCAAUGCAAGCCAGUGCUGCAGCUGAUGACCAGGGCCUCGCGAUGGGAAUAAUGGUUGCAUUCAGACUUUUUGGUGCUCUCAUUGGUCUGGCAGUUGGUGCCACUACAUUAAGCAGCGUUUUCGCCAAUAGGAUCGAGGGGAUCGCGUUGCCUGCUUCUCUAGCAUCGCUGAGAGACCCCAGUGAGGCCGUGAGCUUUAUCCCCUACCUACGAACAGCCGACAUCUCUCCUGCUUUGCGGGACCGUAUUCGAGAGGCGUACAAGGACGCCAUGCAGACAAUCUGGUAUGAACUCGCAGCGUUUGGAGUAUUGGGAUUUUUGACCUCUCUGUUUGUGGAAGAGUUGACUAUGGAGACGGAAGAAUUGGGUCGGCAGCAUUUCGAGCAUGAGUCAGACUGA